AUGUCGCUACUGCACAGCCCGAAAGCCACUCGCUCGGGAAAGCUGCAUGGUGGCACAGACAAAGAAGAAAACGAAGAGGAAAACAACCAACAGCGCUCGGCCGGAGCGAUGGAUGCUCUGAGCCGGAAGAUUAGUGUCCUGAGUCGCCAGCGCAAGAAGGCGGCUGAUAAGAUCAAGCGGAUCGGAGGAAUUGUGAUCGACGACGACGCCGACGUAUCCGUGCCGAAAUUGAAAGUGUACAUGAAGAAUGUCGACGCAGCUUACAGUGAGUUUAAUGGUUUCCACAAUCAACUCGCUGAGAUCAUCCCGGAUGAAGAGAUGGAGGAGCACGACCAAGUGUACAUCGAGUUCGAGAAGGACUACCACGAAGUGUCAUCGUACAUCGAAGAGAUGCAGAUGGACGCGGCGAAGAACGAAGCUCCUGAAAUCAAGCCCCAAGUCAUCGUCCAGCAGCAACCGCUGAAGGCACCGAUACCGACAUUCGACGGCCGAUACGAGAAUUGGCCAAAAUUCAAGGCGAUGUUCCUCGACGUAAUGGCUAAGUCCAAUGAUACUGACAUCAAGUUAUAUCACUUGGACAAAGCUCUCGUCGGAACAGCAGCAGGCAUCCUCGACGCCAGGACGAUGAACGAGAACAACUACGCUCACGCGUGGAACAUUCUCACGGAACGAUUCGAAAAUCCCCGUGUCAUCAUCAACACCCACAUCCGUGGCCUUCUGUCUCUGAAGAAAAUGACGAAGGAAUCUCACCGUGAGCUGCGACAGUUGGUUGAUGAUUGCUCCAGGCACAUCGAGAGCCUCCGUUACCUGAAACAGGACCUCCUCGGUGUGUCAGAACUGAUCGUGGUGCAUCUACUUGCGUCAGCCCUCGAUCCCGUUACUCGGAAGCAGUGGGAAGCAACCAUCGUUCGAGGAACGCUUCCGAAGUACGAAGACAUGAUGAAGUUCCUGAAGCAACAGUGUGACAUCCUGGAGAAUUGCGAAACGUCAGCUCAAGUCCCCACUCCUCGUGCGGAAAGAUCGAACGUAAAGGCCGCAGAUCCAUCGAAGCCAAGUCCGAAGUCCAAUACGAAGAUCCUUGCUGCUUCUACUAGCGGCGGCAGUGCUUCAAGCGAGACAUGUGACUUCUGCGGUGAGUUCCACAAAAACUUCCAGUGUGAGCAGCUGCAAUCCAUGACCGUACCCCAGCGGGUCGAGAAAGCACGUUCCAUGGGCAUGUGCUUCAAUUGCCUGAGGAAGGGCCACCGGCUGAAGGAUUGUCCAUCCGAUCGAAAGUGUUUGAAGUGUCGCCAGCGUCAUCAUACACAACUCCAUGACGAGACCAAGUUCAAGCCCAACCAACCCGAAAGCAGGACUGCCGAAGAACCCGUUCCGUCGGAUCCCGCUCCGAAGCCUGUGAUGAAGGAAGCUCAAGCCAGCAGUUCCAGUGCCCCCACACCGCAAGGCGCACACAACGUGACGUCGUCGUGUUCGCUUCAGGCAGCACCGAUCAAGAAAACCGUUCUCCUCCUGACGGCAGUGGUACACGUUUUCGAUGCUCAAGGUAAGCCUCACUGUUGUCGGGUUCUGCUAGACUGCGGGUCCCAAAUACACCUGAUUACGAAGGAGAUGGCCGAACGCAUCGGCGCAAAGAUUUCAUCGGCGAAUGUGAAGAUUUCCGGUGUCAACAAUCGUACAACCACCAGCAUGGAGAAAGCCACCGUCAAGUUCCGGUCCCGUUAUAGUGACUACCGCGCCACGGUAGAGUGCGUCGUGACCCCGGCGGUGACCGGCAGAAUUCCAAGCUCCCACAUCGACGUGACCGAUUGGUGCAUUCCUCCCGGGUUUCAAUUGGCCGAUCCUGAAUUCAACGUCCCUCAAGAAAUCGAUAUGCUGAUCGGUAAUGAGCUGUUCUUCAAGAUCAUCCGGUCCGGUCAGUAUCGGCUGGCAGAGCACCUACCAGAGCUACGUGAUACUCAUCUCGGGUGGGUAUUUACCGGUGAGCUGGAAGAAGCGUGUCAGCAAGGUCCAUCGUAUUCCCACACGAUCACCGUCGAGAACGUGUAUGAAGCCCUGCAACGAUUCUGGACCGUCGAAGAAGUUGCCGAUCAAGAACCCAUCUCAUCUGAAGAAGUAGAGUGUGAGAAGCAUUUCCGCUACACACAUGAACGCACCGACGAAGGAAGAUUCGUUGUGCAACUCCCACUGAAGGAAAACGCCUCCCAGCUGAGUGACUGCAGGUCGGUCGCUUUGAAAAGAUUCCACCUCCUAGAACAACGUCUCGUUCGGAAUCCGUGUCUCCGAGAGCAGUACUUGCAGUUCAUCAAGGAGUAUGAGCAGCUCGGCCACUGCAAGCAAAUUGACGAAAGCAGAGAUCCUUCCAACGUCAAAAAAUGCUACCUGCCACACCAUGCUGUUAUCCGUCCAAACAGCUCGACGACGAAGUGUCGAGUUGUAUUCGAUGCAUCCGCCAAGCCGUCGCAGAAUGCCCUCUCCCUGAACGAUGUCCUCAAGGUAGGUGGUACUGUCCAAUCCGACAUUCUUGAUAUUGUCCUGCGUUUUCGAAAGCACAAAUAUGCUUUCACGGCUGACAUAAGUAAAAUGUAUCGCCAAAUCGUGGUUGCUGCGAUGCAUCAGCCACUCCAACGCAUUUUCUGGAGAGAUAGUCCCGAGCAGCCUCUGAAAGUAUAUCAGUUGACCACCGUGACCUACGGUACAGCGAGUGCUCCUUUCCUUGCAACUCGCUGCUUAGUUCAGUUGGCUGAAGAUGGUCAUUCCGAAUACCCCCUGGGAGCAUCUACCGUUAAGGAAGAUUUUUACGUCGACGACGUGUUGUCUGGCGACGAUACGUUGGAAGCAGCGAUUGAACGACAGAAGCAGGUGAAGGAAUUGCUUGCUGGUGCUGGUUUCCCCAUCCAUAAGUGGUGUUCUAACUCUGACCUGAUGUUGGAGAACAUUCCAGAAAGCGAGCGUGAAAGUCCCAAGGCGCUCGAAGAACAAGGUAUCAACACGAUCAUUAAAGUGCUUGGUAUUUUGUGGGACCCUCGAAGCGAUGAUUUCCUGUUCUCAAUCAAAUCUCCAAGUUUCGAUGCUGAAUCUGAAUCCAACACAAAGCGAAGCAUAUUGUCCGAAAUUGCUAAGCUCUAUGACCCUCUCGGAUUCUUGGCACCCGUGAUUGUUCUGGCCAAGUUACUUAUGCAACAGCUGUGGCGUAGCAAGGUGGGCUGGGACGAGCCUGUCGAAGUAGAAAUAGCUGAACAGUGGGCACAGUUGAAGGCGUCACUCGAAGCAACAAACAGGAUGCGCAUCCCAAGGCGUGUUCUAAUUGACGGAGCAGUGUGCUACGAGCUUCAUGGGUUUGCUGAUGCUUCGAUGUCUGCCUAUGGAGCGUGUGUCUUCAUUCGAAGCGUAUUGGACGAGUCGGCGCAGUUACAACUCUUGUGCAGCAAGUCGAAAGUGGCACCUUUGAAGGCGAUUACGAUUCCGCGACUGGAAUUGUGCGCUGCACUUUUGCUGGCGCGACUGGUGAAUAAGGUGCUGCAAUCAAUCCAAAUGCCGUUUCAUCGUGUGGUGCUCUGGUCGGACAGCCAAAUUGUUCUGGCCUGGUUGCGCAAAUCCCCUGAUCAGCUUCAAGUGUUCGUGCGCAAUCGUGUGGCUGCAAUCCGAGAAGAAACAUCGGAUUUCGAGUGGAUGUACGUCCGGUCGGAGUUCAAUCCGGCUGAUAUAGUGUCGCGUGGACAGAUGCCCAACGAAUUAGUGAAGAAUGAGAUGUGGUGGUAUGGACCAGACUUUUUGAGUGCAGUGAACUUUAAAAACAAGCCACCCGAAGAGAUCAGUGAAGAAGACAUUCCGGAGCUGCGUGCAACUCCAACAGUGCUACCUGCAAUUGAAAAAGAAGAACAGUUGAAAGUGUUUUCAAAGUACAGCUCGUUCAGAAAGCUACAGCGAGUUAUUGCGCUGGUGCUGCGUUUCGCCAGCAACUGCAAGAAGAAGGAUUCAGCUUCACGAGUGCAUAAGACAAUUCCUACCGUGGCUGAACUUCGACUUGCAAUGGACAUUAUUGUGAAAGUGGUUCAACGUGAAGAGUUCUACGAUGAGAUUGCUCGAGUCGAAUCGGGUGAACGAUGUAGACAACUUGGUUCGCUGGGACCCAUCCUAGUGAACGGUGUUCUGAGAGUCGGCGGACGCUUAGAGCAUUCCAACCUUCCAUACAAUGAGAAGCAUCCGAUCAUCUUGCCGUCCAAAAGUCCCAUCGUUCGCAUGCUUAUUCGUGCCCUGCAUGAAGAGCAUCUACAUCUUGGACCGACUGGCUUGGUCCACGUGAUUCGAAGAGAUUUCUGGUUGAUCAACGCUGCAGCUACUGUCCGUGGAGUAACCAGAUCUUGCGUGAAGUGUUUCAAAGUCAAGCCUGUGGACACAAACCAGUUCAUGGGAAACCUGCCAUCCUGCCGCGUGACACCUGCGCCGCCCUUUUCCGUUACUGGCGUGGAUUACGCUGGGCCGUUCCAUAUCAAGCAGGGCCUGCGCAAGGUGACUACCGUGAAGGGCUAUGUAGCGGUGUUCGUCUGCAUGGUGACUCGAGCCGUGCAUCUGGAGCUGGUGUCAGACAUGACGACCAGUGCAUUCAUCGCUGCGCUUCAGAGGUUCGUGAGUCGGCGUGGAAUUGUCCAUCAGCUACAUUCCGACAACGGCACUAAUUUUCGUGGUGCACAUCACGAACUGAAUCAGCUGUACCACGCGUUUCAGCAAGAGCAAGAGUCGAACCAAAUCGCAUCGUUUUGCACGACCAAAGGGAUUGAAUGGCAGUUUAUUCCGGCGGAUGCCCCCGAGUUUGGUGGCAUAUGGGAAGCUGCAGUCAAGAGUAUGAAGAGCCAUCUGAAGAGAGUCGUCGGGAAUUCCUCUCUGAACUUCGAGCAAUAUGCGACCAUCCUGACGGAAAUUGAAGCGAUCCUGAACUCCCGUCCGCUAUUUGUGACAUCAGCGCCGGACGGAUCCGAGGUGAUUACUCCUGCCCAUUACCUCAUCGGGCGUCCACUCACCGCUAUACCAGAGCCGUCCUACGAAGAUAUUCAGGCAAACCGCUUGGAUAAGUGGCAACAUCUACAGAUGCUGCGGGAGCAUUUCUGGAAGGCUUGGUCCCGCGAUUACCUGAGCAGCUUACAGCCUAGAAAGAAAAAUCAGAAGCUUGAAGCAAACGUGAUCCCUGGAAUGAUUGUUCUGGUGCACAACCGGAAUUUGCCCCCUCUACAGUGGAAGCUGGGGGCCGUAACAAAAACCUUUCCUGGAGCCGAUGGUUUGAUAAGAGCCGUAGACGUGUACAGCGACAAGUCGACAUUCCGUCGGCCGAUCAACAAACUGUCAAUCCUGCCGAUAGAAGACAACAAGGCUUACUUUGGUGAUGAUGGCAACGAUGAUGAUGACGAUGAAAUCGGCACUUCCGAAGAGGAGGAUUCCGUCUAUGUUGAGUCGGAACACGUGAAGCUCGAGCCCGGUGAUGAGAAUCGAGUCGUCCGGUGCUGUAGUCAAAAAUGUCGGCUCGCUUUCAGGACACGUGACGAACUGGUAGAGCAUGGAUCUGUUGCUCACAGUGCAGAUAGAUCGAACGAUAAAGUGGAUAAAAAUUCCUUCGAAUGUGUAAUAUGCUUCCAAAGGUUUGAAUCCCGCCAGAAUCUGCUAUGUCACUUGAGACGUCUGGUGCGCGAUUACCGCUGUAUUUUGUGCAACAGUUAUUUUGACACUCCGCAAGAUAGAACUAUUCACAUUAGAACAAAUCAUCGAAACUUGUCAGCGUCCAGGUAUCGAUUGGAAGAUCAACCAGUCAAGAUAUGUUGUGGAUGUGAGGCAAAGUUUUCGACAGCUGAAGAUCUCUACCAGCACGGAAUAGAUCAGCACUUCAAUCAGCCAUCGUUUCCGGAAGUCGACUGGGGACACCAGUGUAACGUAUGCUUCAAGUUUUUCAAAACGAAGAUUAGCCUACGGAACCACCAGACCCUAGUGUAUAAACCGAAAAUCUACCCCUGUCGUAUCUGCGGAAAAGCUUUCGAAUGUCCGUCCAAACUGGCCAAUCAUGAACCGAUCCAUAGAACGGAGCGUAACUUUGCGUGUUCGACCUGUGGAGGCACUUUCAAAACGGCCACCGAUCUCCGGGGCCACCAGCGCAUCCACCAAGAGAAAAGCCUGGUGUGCAACGUUUGUGGCGCCAAAUUCCACAAAAAGUCCCAUCUGAAGUCGCAUCUCAAAACGCACGACGAUAAUGCGUACCACUACCCAUGUAGCUUAUGUCCGAGAAAGUUCAAAGAAAAAUCCAACUGGAAGAACCAUCUGAAGGUUCAUACGCAGGAGAAACCUUUCAAAUGCCAAUACUGUCAGAAGGAGUUCCGAUACGCAACCGACAAGAAGCGGCACGAAAUGAGCCACACCGGAAAUUAUCCACACAAGUGUGACGGCUGUGGAAAGGCAUUCACUCGUGGCAAUCUAUUGCAGGCGCACAUUCGUGUUUGCGGUGUGCAGCAGAAGGAGAAAUAG